AGUCUCGGGGUUUGUGGGAUUGUUGCUUCCGGUUGCCUUCACUCAGUGUUCGUCUGCGCAGACGGACUGCUUGGUUCUUCCCGAUGGUUGCGCUGUUGCGCCCGUUUUUACUUUUUUUUUUUUUUUCCCAGCGUGGGUUCCACGUUGGUGCGCAGUGGGUGGUGGAGACGCGCCAGUUUGGCUUCAGUCUUCCCUCGCAUCGGUGGGGCGUAAUUGUAAUUCUUUUUCAUAUCACCCUCAUUGUCUUCAUCACCUUCCCUUCCCUUCCCUUCCCUUCCCUUCCCUUCCUUCCUUUUAUUUUCUCUUCUUCCACCCUUUUUACGGAGCACAAUGCCUUUCGUUUCUCAGGCACUACUUCCUACGGCUUAAUGGAGCUUGCAUCGAUGUACGAAUAGAAAAGGCUAUGUAUGAAUUUUAACAGCGCGUUGAUUUUUAUUUUUAUUUUUUAUUUUUAUUUUUUUUUAAAAAAAAAGUAUCUGCACAGCAAGUUCACGUGGUGCAAUGCGGUGCGGAAUGCACUGUGAAAUGAAACAGCCAAGUGGUUCUUUGUCAGGCCGAGCUAAUAUUUGCAAGACAGUCUUAUGAAAUGACAUCGAAUACUAAAGAACACC